AUGUAUCAAACGAGCAGAUCAGGAUGGAGCGAGUGGUCCCAAUGGAUCUGGAAUACAGACUAUCAGCAGUACUACCGCCAGCGAGUAGAUGUUUCAGGCAACUCAGACAUACAGUGGCAGAGUGAAUAUGAGGCUGUUCAAAACAACCAGACACCCCGAACCCCAGUGGAGCAGAUGACACAGCAGUUCGGGGCUGUCAACAUACGGAGUCCUGAACAAACCGCUGGAGAUGAACAAAAUAACGACGAUUACACAGUUACUAGCUCAUCAUCAAAGGUGAAAUCUAGAUCAUCAAGGUCGCAUAGCAGUUCUUCAAAAUCGAAAUCGAAAUCAUCCAAAACUUCUACCGGGAAAGGGAAAGCACCCGUUCAGGAAGAUAUUCCUGAGGACGACGAGCAAGAUUAUGACGAUCGCCAUACCCAACGAAAAGCAUCUAUACCGCAAGAAGAGAUGUACUACGACGAGGCCACUCAACAGUACCUCGCGUAUCCGCAAACUGCACAAGUGUCUACUCCAACUCCAGCACAACCAUAUGCAGAGGCUUCGGGAGAAUAUGAGGAUCCAGUACUUCAGGAUGCUCUUGCUCAAAGCAAACAAUAUACUCGUGAUCGAUAUGGAAAUGGCGAGUCGUCGUCUGCAACAUACACCGCAUAUACACAAGAUGACGAAGACCAACCCACGCCCGCAGUGUCUGCGGGAAACCAAGAGCACAUUAUAGGCACUAGUGGUGAAUCGGAAACUCUGGAUCCACGAUAUACCGUUGCACCUUCACACAUGUUUCAACCUGGAGAGGUUUUUAAGGUGCUAUGGCCAGAACCAGCAGGAGGAGGUAGCAUCGUAGAGGAGACGGUCUAUCGUGACCAGUACGGCGGCCGGAUAUUCGUUCACUUUCGCCGAUUUAUCGUUGUUGCAAACGACCUAGGGCAUUGCACUUGCAUUCCAAUCUCUACCUACGGUAAGAAGGGUUGCAAAAAGAGUGGUGUCAAGGCCGAGCAACAUGGCAUUGUCGCUGAAAGUAGCAAUCGAAACCCCGUCCCUUUGAGCAACGAGCCUAGGCUUGGGUUUCCUCCAGUUCGUGUGCAUAUUUCCGAGCCAGGCGAACGCAUCUCAAAAGAAUCACGAGUUAACUACUCGAAACUCACGACAGUGGAGCACAACGUCAAAGUGCUCUUCAUUGGUCGUGUAGUGGGCUCAGAUUGGGAUGUCGUUACAGAGGCUGUCAACACCAGCUGGGCGAACAAGAUGCACACGCACAAGAAGAAGCAUCGCAGGUAA